AUGGCGCAAUCACCCGCAUCGUUUGUCAGUUCCGAACGUCGAGGCGUCCAGAUUGCCAAUCGCUGGAAGAAUGCUCUAGCGUCGAGAGAGUUGACAGACGUGGAGUUUGCCGUGGGACGCCAGUGUGGCGGAGCGAAGACGAUCCGAGCGCACAGGUUAAUCCUGAGCAUGAGCAGCGAUGUUUUUCAUACCAUGUUCAACGGGAGUUUAACCGAACGGGUUGGCGCUGCCAUCGACAUCCCGGACAUUCCUCCCAACGCUUUCGACAACAUGCUCUGUUAUAUAUACACGGGUUCGGUGGACGAUUUGAAGCCAGAGAACGUGCUGCAGACAUUGUACUGCGCCGAUAAGUACGAUCUACCGUGGCUUGCGGAGCUCUCCACGGACUUCGUUCUCGACCAACUGAAACCCGACAACUGCUUGAUGUACCUGGCAAAUGCACUACGCUGGACGCCGGAUUGUGAUCCUGUGCUGGAAAAAUGUUGGGGCGUGGUGGAUGAAUCCACGGUGGCCGUUCUCCAGUCGGACUAUUUCGUGCAGUUGGACCGGGCCCAGUUGGAGUUGUUGCUGCGGCGUGAUGCACUGUCAGCCGAAGAGCAUGCAGUGUACACGGCGGUAGAAAAAUGGGCAACCGCAGCGUGCGACAGGAAGAACUUAGCCUCAACACCGUCGAAUCGUCGUCGAAUGUUAGGGACCGCAUUGUUCCGUGUCCGCUUCCCGUUGAUGACGGAUGCUCAGCUCUUUUGCGGACCAGCUAAGACCGGGCUACUCAAUCCCAAAGAAGUGUGCCAGAUUGGCCAGCACAAACACGAUCCUGCUGCGCCGUUGAUGGAGUUUUCCUCGAGACCACGAGCCCAUAUCGUCUGUCGGACGAGCGGAGGUGCAACGUUCAAGAAGGGAGAGAAGAUCUUCUUCCCGGCUUCCAGCGGCUAUUGGUAUCCUGCCAUUAUGACCAAUGAUUAUAAAGUGUUUUGCGAUUUGUUUAAAUCGGAGAAUGCCAAAAAGGAAGAAAAGGAUAAAGAAGCGGUCGUACUACAAGUUCUGCGCAUUCGGGCGGUGGAAUAUUCUGAAACGUGGUCUGCCCGUGUUGGUCUACAUGGACGGAACCUUUAA